AUGCGCAUCUCUGUAUUCACGUUUGCAUCUGUUAUAACUACCAUGAUGCACAUAGCUACAGUUAACGCAUUUACGUGUUCUUACUACUGCGGAAACGAUACAAACCCUGCAGAAUUCCAUCCUGGUCUCACUGAUUCUUGCUGUGGAUCACAGGGUAACUAUGAUAUUAACGGUAAUUUUUUGCAAGUUGUUGCCAGGGAAGCGAGCUCGAUAUAUGUUUUCCAAAGGGUGCGGAUGGUCCGUAUGCAUGUGGCGCAGACAAUUACCCUGUUGAAUGCAACUAGUUACAACGAUGUUACAAGUUUGCCCUAUAUUAGACCUAUCUUAGAACUGGAUUAG